UUACAUUCAAUCACCUAAAAAUGGCAGCAAGCUCCUCCCCUGCAAUCCUCCCAAUCUCCAACCCUCAAUCUACUCCCGCUGCCUCCGAUAACCAACAAUUGUCCUCCUCCUCCUCCACCUCGCCCGUCCGCGCUUUUCUGUCCAACAUCUCCGACACUGUGGGCUCCGGCCUCGCUAGCCGCCGCCCCUGGCCAGAGCUCCUCGACCGUUCCGCCUUCUCCAAGCCCGAAUCCCUAUCGGAAGCUAGCCUCCGUUUCCGCAAGAACUAUAACUAUUUUCGCAUCAAUUACCUCGUCGCCAUCACCGCCGUCGUCGCCGUGUCCCUUUUAACGAAUCCGAUAUCCCUAAUCCUCCUUACUGGCCUGCUCGCCGCGUGGAUAUUCCUCUACCUCUUUCGGCAGUCGUCUGAUCCUCCAAUCACCGCCUUCGGACGCCAAUUCUCGGAUCGCGAGACCCUCCUCUUCUUAAUCUUCUUAACCGUUGUUGUCAUAUUCCUCACCAGCGUCGGAUCUGUACUAGUCUCCGCCCUCAUGGUUGGCGUAGGCAUUGUUUGCUUGCACGGUGCUUUUAGGGCUCCCGAAGAUCUUUUCCUUGAUGAUCAGGAGCCUCAGGGAGGCGUUUCUGGCUUCCUCUCUUUCUUCACCACCACCGCCGUUGCUCAGCCUCCUCUUGCUGUUAGGACUUGACCUCAGGAGCCUCGAUCAGGGUGAUGAAUAAUAAAUUCUAUUUUUUUUCUUUUACAAAUAUUCCCGAUCGAGGAAUCCGUUUGAUUCGGAUGAGUAAUUCCGUAAUAUUGUAUGCGGUGAGCAUAAUAUAUAUUAUGCAUGUAAAUUAAUCUGUACCAUUUUUGCAUAAUUAGGGAAUGUUAAUAUUUGUAAUUUUGUUUUUGUAUAAUAUAUAUAUAGAACCCCAACAUAUAUACUGUUUGUGUGUGUGUGUGUGUGUGUGUGUGUGAUGUAGUAGUAAUGUGUUGUUUGCUAUUACCAUUUACCAGGGGAAGAGCAUUCUGUAAAUCUCAUUUGACUUACUGACUGACUGACUUGUAUUAUCUUUCUGGAAUAUAAUGCUGAUUUGUUUUUUGAUCA